GCGCUCAGCCGCACACUCUUCGUUGACAAAAGACGUGUUUCGAAACCAAGUGUAGCGCAGUUGGAGACUGGUGAAGAGUGCGUCGUUCAAGUCGGCUGUACGGCCAGUUUCUUGUGCUGUUUCACUUUGGAGCCGCCACGUCGCGGUGCACAAGUUUACGGUGGUCGUGAGCCAUUUUUACCGCGAAAGAUUAAACCGUGGGCACAAACGAGGCAUUCAUGGAUUCCGACGCCUGGCUUCUUCCCCUGGGAUUCAUUGCUUCGAUCGUGGUGACGCUAUGUGGUCAGGGAUUCAAGGUGGUCUUGGGGAUCGUCGCCGCGCUUGCCGGCACUAACUUGUACCUGCGCUGGACCAAGGGCAUUUACAAUGGCACGAAUCGGAUGGAUGGCAAGACAGUCAUUGUCACAGGAGGCAAUGCAGGGAUCGGCAAGGAGACAGCCAAGGAGCUCGCGCGGCGCGGCGCCCGCGUCAUACUGGCGUGCCGUAGCACAGCCAAGGGCCAACGGGCUGCCGACGAGAUCCUGGUGGAGACCGGCUGCUCCGUCGUCGUGCGCCAGCUCGACCUGUGCUCGCUCAAGUCGGUGCGCCAGUUUGCCGACGACAUCGCUCGCAGUGAAGAGCGGCUCGACGUACUCGUCAACAAUGCCGGCAUUUUCCCAGACAGGAUGCAGCUCACCGACGACGGCUUUGAAGAAUGCUUCCAAGCCAACUACUUGGGCCACUUCCUCCUGACACUUCUACUUACAGGUAUGCUCAAGAAAUGCGCCCCGAGCCGCGUGGUGAACCUGACAUCGGGCCUGCACCACCUGGGGCACACACAGCGGCUCGAGGAGCGCGCAAGGGGCACGCACCCGUGGGUGACGCCCACGCUGGCCUACAGCGACUCCAAGAUGGCCGUGGUCUGCUUCACGAGAACCCUGGCGCGCAAGCUCAAGACGCACGGCGUGACGGUGAACGCGGUACAUCCGGGCAUUGUGAAGACCACCAUCGCUGACAGGGAAUCGUUGAUGUCGCUCUUUCUUCGCUUCCUCUACAACACCGUCGGAAAAACGCCUUGGGAAGGAGCCCAGACUGUCGUGUACGCGGCUGUGGACGACCGGUUCGUGGAAAGCAGUGGCAAGUACCUGGUGGACUGCACGGAUGACUGGGUCAACUGGAGGGCCCUGGACAAGCGCGAGGCCAGGCGGGCUUUCGAGACAAGCGUCAGGCUCGUCGGCAUGGAGCUCGACCAUGUACAGAAGCUACUGUGAUCCGCCAAAGUGCGCGCAAAUGUUUGUCUCAAGGCUAAAGGCGAAGAACAGGCGUCUUCUCUUGAAUUUGUCGCGCGUCCUUCUGAGCGCGGCUACAUGUGAAUCAAUAUGCAUUUCGUUUAUUUGGUCUAGUCGUCCGUUUUCGCGGGUGCCUCGGCAUCACGCACGCGCUCGCAUGGCACAUCAGCAGCACGACAGCUGCGACAGUGCUACGGAGUCGCCGCUGUCUACUGGAGUCGCUAAUGCAGCAUGUGUUGAGUCAUGCUUUCUCGGCGCACGUCGACCGCUCGCUUGCCUUUCUUGUGAGCGGCCAUGCUUGUGACGAAGGUUGUCAACGAGGGGAUUUUUGUAGAAGGCGCUGACACGGCGGGUUUCCUCAAGAAAUUGUUUAAAUGAUGGCGCCCGGUGCUAUUCGUCUUCUUGUGCUGCGGAUGGAAUGACCAGCAGGAGCAAGUGCGACACACCACGGAAGUAGUAAAAAGAAAGAACACCGCAUUAAGACAGGCGAAUGAUGGCUACACGUCGUCCCUCCUUCGCAGAAACCUGCAAAGGGCGCUGCAAGAAAUAAAUACAUUCUAGGACUUGAUUUGCCAAAGUUACGAUCUGAUUAUGAGGCACGAUGUAGUGGGUGACUCCCGAUGGAUCGUGAUCACCCUCUAAGUCCACGAGCCUUUUUGCAUUUCGCCUCCAUCGAAGUGGGAUCGAACCCGCGACCGGCAGCGCAACACUUUAGGCACGGGGGGUGCAGGAAGGAAUGCUGAAACUCCACUGGAGUAUGUGUAAGCAACCACCAAAUUUCAAGUUGGCCCACCCCCAAAUUUCAAGUAGGCUCAUCCCUAAAGUUCAGUUGGCCCACCUCUGAAUUUCAUGUCGACCUAACCCCAAUUUUCAA